UACCCACUUCCCCUCUCUUCCCCCAUACUCACUCUUACACAGCGAAGCUAAGCAGAUGGAGACUGUUGAAGAUGUUGUCAUUGUUGGUGCUGGAAUUGCGGGGCUCACUACUUCUCUGGGACUUCAUAGGAUGGGACUGCGAAGCCUGGUUUUGGAAUCAUCAGAUAGUUUGAGAACCACAGGAUUUGCAUUGACAACAUGGGCCAAUGCUUGGAAAGCCUUACAUGUCAUCGGCAUAGCUGAUUCCCUCAGACAAGAGCAUGUUUUGCUUCAAGGGGUGAAGGGUACCUCUACAAUCUCUGGACUAACUACAUCAGAGAUAUUAUUUAAGGACAUUAAGAAAUUCGGAGAUGUUGAGGUUCGUUGUGUGAGAAGGAAUUUGUUAAUUGAAGCCCUUGAAAAGGAGCUACCUCCUGGCACCAUCAGGUUCUCCUCGAAGGUUGUUGCAAUUGAGGAAGCAGGAUACUUAAAAGUGUUGCACUUGGCUGAUGGUUCUGUGCUCAAAACUAAGGUUUUAAUAGGGUGUGAUGGGGUGAACUCUGUGGUGGCAAAAUGGCUAGGGCUCCAGAAGCCAGCCUUCACUGGGCGGUUUUCAACUAGAGGCUACGCAACGUUCUCCUCUGGCCAUGGUUUGGAGCCCAAAUUCUUGAUGUUCUUUGGACACGGUGUCCGGUCUGGUUUCAUUCCCUGUGACGAGAAAACUGCAUAUUGGUUUAUCACUUGGACUCCCUCUACUGAACAGAAUGGCAUGGAAGAGAACCCCGCCAAGUUGAAGCAGUUUAUAUUGAGCAAGCUUGACAAUGCACCCAAAGAAGUGGUUUCUGUAGUAGAAAACACAGAAUUGGAAAGUAUCAUAACAUCUCCCCUGAGGCUCAGGUGGCCAUGGAAUGUCUUAUGGGGAGAUAUAUUCAGAGGAAAUGUAUGUGUAGCUGGGGAUGCCCUUCAUCCCAUGACUCCAGACAUUGGUCAAGGAGGGUGCUCUGCAUUAGAAGAUGGUAUUGUUUUGGCCAAAUGCCUAGCACAAGCCCUGUUGAUGGAACCAAAGAGAGAAGCCAAGGGAAUUGAUGAAAAAGAAGAAUACAAUAGAAUAAAAAAUGCAUUGGAGAAGUUUGCAAAGGAGAGGAGAUGGAGAAGCUUUCAGCUUAUAAGUACAGCUUUUGUGGUGGGAUUGAUUCAACAAAGUAAUGGGAAGUUGAUGGGUUUCUUGAGAGAUAAGUUGCUAUCAUCAUUCAUGACUAGGCUGAUGUUGGAAAGGGCUAAUUAUGAUUGUGGGGGACUUAAAAGUACUUGAUGGGUUUCUAUGUAAUAAUGAAAUGUAGUACCAGCUGAGGGGUAGCCCAGUUGGUGCGUUGGACGAAUUGUCCCAUAGUUUUGAGUCCUACUAUUAUCAUUUCCGUAAGAAAGGAGCUAUUGAUGUGAUGUUAUAUUGUUCACUUAAAAGAGUAAUGACCCUAUGGGAGUGUGAGGCAGUGAUUAAUACCAAAAAAAAAAAUGUAAUUGUAUUUGCACUUGGAGUUUAUUAAGGAGGUUUUUUGGGUUCUAACCAUGUUGAAUUUCAUUUCAACAUGGACAUUGGACUGCUCAAAGCAAGACAAACUAAAGUAUGCUAUUGGGGUUGGCCACCUUGUCUAUAUCUUGGACAAUGUAUUAUGUAUGUUGUAAUACAAGUUUGACAUAAUAUGUUCUUUUUUUUUUUCAAAAUAAAUAGUGGGGGCACGUGUGUUGCACA